AGUGGCCGACUUCUCCCAUGCUUCACUCGGGCCUCCUUUAGAGAGCUUUUUAACAUGUUCCCCUCUUCAUACAGCCUCGCAGAAAUUCAACGCCGGAUCGAUGAAGUUCAGCGGUUCCUGUCUGUCACCCUGAGCAUCGCUAAUGCGCACACCGUGGAGUUUUACACUCACGACGCGUGGAACCGCUUCGUGGCAGUGCCGCCUCAGGAGGUCCUGUCAAACGUCGGCCCACGUGGUGACCAGCGGAGGGAGCCAGAGCACAGCGCACACGAUUCAGAGCAAUCCAGAACUACAUUUGGGUUUUGCAGUGAUACAAACCGUCUGGUCGAUACCCGUGAACUGUUGCAGGCGGCCAAGGCCCACGCUCUCCCUGGCCUUGGAGUCUGCAUGAGCAGGGAUGAGCUCCUGCAGGCCCUCAGAGGGAACAGCUCAGAGGCUGGUGCUCCAGGAGCAGAUAUAGAUGCUGAGCUGGUGACAGACGAGUUUAUGAACUCUAAGAAAUCUCACGAGGUCAAGUCCAUGUCUGAGGUUGUGGCUUGUCUGGCCCAGCGCUGUGAGGUCAAACAGGUGGUAGAUCUCGGCUCGGGGAAGGGCUACCUGAGCUCCUUUCUGUCCCUGCAAUACGGCCUGCGGGUCUACGGCAUCGACUCCUCCAGCACCAACACCCACGGAGCCCAGGAGAGGAACCGGAAGCUGAAGAAGUUCUCCAGGGCGUAUCAGAAGCACAACAAGGACGAGAGGGCACAGGGAGAGGCCGCACUCUCGCCUCGGGUGGAGUCGGUCGACGUAAAGCCUGGACGAGAUGAAGACGAUGAUGUUGUGUAUGUCGACGGGGUAGGAAUGGAGUCGCAGGAGGAGGUGUUAGUCGCCUUAUCAGAGGUCAACCCUGCAGCGGAAAUGCAUUCGGAGUCAAACCCGGAAACAGAGGAGCUCUUCCUCAGCGCGCUGUCAGUGGAUGCGUUACAGCCGACGCCCACCAGAGUUCCCCCCAGCCAACUGAGUGCCGAGGAGAGGGAGAGGAGGAAGAGGGAGAACCUGGAGAGGAAAGCUCAGGGUAGAACCGGCGGCGGCAGCGGCGUCAUGUUUUCACCCCUCACUUCGUACGUCACUGCCGAAACGGAGCUCCGAGAGCUCAUCGACGAACUGGAGGAAGCGGUCAUGGUCGGCCUGCACACGUGUGGCGACUUGGCUCCCAGCACCCUGAGGAUGUUUGUGGCGAAACCAGAGCUGACCGCAGUCUGCAGCGUGGGCUGCUGCUAUCACCUGCUGUCUGAGGAGUUUGACCCUGCCGGACAGGAGUGUUCCCUCGCCGCCUGUGGUUUCCCUCUGAGUCGGUACCUCCGCGACCGGUCCUGGUUCUGUGGCCGAAACGCCCGGAUGUCGGCGUGUUUGGCACUGGAGAGAGUGUCACACGGCCAAGGGAUCCAGAUGGAGUCUCUGUUCUACCGAGCCGUCCUCCACGUCAUUCUGAGGGAUCACUACGGCAGCUUUAAAAGCGAGAAGCGCGUCGGGAACGUCUACUCCAAGGCCUCUUCCUUCGUGGACUACGUCCGGCGAGCUCUACGCAGACUGGAACUGGAGGAGUUAAAGCUGUCUGACGGUGACAUCCAGGAUUACCACGACGCAUACAGACCCCGAAUGGGCGAAAUGCACGCCUUCAAUCUGCUGAAGGUGACCCUGGCUCCCUGCAUCGAAGGUCUGAUUCUCCUCGACCGCCUCUGCUACCUGAAGGAACAGGAGGAUUUAUCGUUCUCUGCACUGGUGCAGCUCUUUGAUCCGCUGCUGUCUCCGAGAUGCUACGCUGUCGUCGGACUGAAGAGUCGGGAGGAAAGAAAUUCACGUUGAUUAAUAUCCACAUGAUUGCAACACACGGCUUGAGAGGCCGUGAUUAUACAUGAUUGUAUCAGCAAUCAUACUCGAGUGAUUGUGUUCUGGAUGUUUUCUCUCCUGAUUGGUUCGAUUGUAUGUAUGAUUUCAUCUAAAUGUUGUAAUUUGUGUAUCCCUGUAAUACUUGUUUUUUUAGCAAACAUGUUGUUUUGUUUUAUAUAUUUCACUGUUUUUGAUGAAACAAAUAAACCUCCAUCAUUUUGA